CCUACCCAGCAAUAAUAAGUCGCUUAAACAGUCCUGACCACGGACUAUUUUGCUAGCUAGCUAUCCUUGCUAACAAGCUAGUUAGCAGUCGCUGGCUAGCUAACUGUCUGGUCUAAGGUCUAGCACUCAGCUAGCUAUAGCUAACCAGAAAAACUGAUUUCUCUUGGAAUUUGCUGUCAACUUCUCCGCCUUGUUGGGAUGGUUCUGUGGAUUGAUAAAACAAUCCAACAGCAGAGCGAGGCACGGGGUAUCGGGGGUCGACAACGUUAUAAUUCUUGGACUUCAACUAUUUUUGCCUUAAGGAGCGGAGCUUUUGUGGACGAGUGUUUUUGUACAGCUGCUAGUUGACGGAAACUGAUCUCUUGUCCAUGGAUCCGUGUUGGCAAAGUUGUUGAAAACAAAGCGGACAUUCUAAGAAAACCCUCAGGGAAAUGAGUAGCCAUAAAAAUAACGGCUGACUGACCUCGAAGAAGACAAGUUAACUAACUUAGCUAGUUCAUUUUUACAGUUGUAGAUUUCUUGCUAAUUAACAGCUAAUUUUCAAUAACAUUGAUCUGAAUAUAAUAAUAUCAAGUCGACCACUGUUGGCAUCGAAACGAAGUGCCCGGGAGUAACGUUAACUCUUGUGCCAGUAAGCAUUUAGCUGGAUGAGGGCUGCAUUAUUUAAUAGGAAUUAAGCUUUCACAGACCACUUAGUGCCUUGAACUGUGCUCCCCCUCGUCCUCCAUUACUUGAUAGGUCAAACUUAGUUCUUUCAUAAACACUAAAAGUAACCAGCUUUGGUGAUCUAGACUGUGAUAACACAAGCUGAUAUAGUUAAUUGUCAAUGCGUGACCCAAGUGGCAAACAGUGGUGAAUUUAGCUACUUUGAUUUGUUCACCUUGAGGGUUUGGAAAACAAUUUAACAACAAGCCGUUUAUUCUAUCUGAAACCUCGGGCUUAUCUGAAGACCUGCAUCAACGGAUCAUGCAAAUUAUCUGAACGAGGAAACUGGACAUAGCUGGUUUGCUGCUGUACACGAACAGUCAAUCAUUUAAUGGGAUGCUUUUCUACAGAACAUACCCCAAAAAGUGUCUUCAGCCUGAAAGGGAGAACGCGAACUGUUUUUGCACAACAUCCAAAUGGACCCUCACCCUCUGAACACCUCGCACCAGUUUUCUAAUUAGUUUUCACUUGAAUCCCUUUCCCCGCAACAUUUUUAUCCUGGACUUAUUUUGAUGCUGGGUUGUAUGCCAAACUGCAGCCAUGAUGAUAUUAAGCAGAAAGCCAGACGGUCCCAUCACGGCAGCGAGACAUGGGGACGGCCUCUAUGACUCUUACAUGCGCACGGACCACAUCCUGAACGAGGACGCCGACAUCAACGGACACAGCCCCGCCGGACUCCCUCCGCUCCCCAAACACUCCACUGUGAAUAAGCCGAUGAUGAAGGAUCACCAUGGGGUUCGCACUGCUCAGAUGAAGGUGAAGUACCUCUACGAGGACGCGUACAACCGCAAGCUGAACGGCCUCGCCCAGUGCAACGGCACCACCGCCGUCACCGUGGGUAACGGGGUUCCGGUGGCGGUGAAGAGCCAGCCGGCGCUCUCCAAGGAGCGCAGCGUGGACAGCAACGGCUCCGGCAAGUCCAGCGACACCACCACCACCUCCUCGUCCGCCGCCGCCACCAAGGCCGCGGUCAAGCCGCCGGCGGGGUCACUGACCCCCGAGCAGGCGCUGAAGCAGUACCGGCAGCAGCUCACGCCCCUAGAGCAGCAGGAGAUCCACUCCUACGCCGACGUCUACUUCCUGGGGCCUAACGCCAAGAAGAUCCAGGCCGUGGCCGGCGGCUCCAACAACAGCGGCUACGACGACGACCAGGGGGGCUACAUCCACGUGCCUCACGACCACCUGGCCUACCGCUACGAGUUCCUCAAGGUCAUCGGCAAGGGCAGCUUCGGCCAGGUGGCCAAGGUGUACGACCACAAGCUUCACCAGCACCUGGCGCUGAAGAUGGUGCGCAACGAGAAGCGCUUCCACCGGCAGGCGGCCGAGGAGAUCCGCAUCCUGGAGCACCUGCGCAAGCAGGACAAGACGGGCGGCCUCAACGUGGUCCACAUGCUGGAGCACUUCACCUUCCGCAACCACAUCUGCAUGACCUUUGAACUCCUCAGCAUGAACCUGUACGAGCUGAUCAAGCGCAACAAGUUCCAGGGCUUCAGCCUGCCGCUGGUGCGCAAGUUCGCCCACUCCAUCCUGCAGUGCCUGGAGGCCCUGCACCGCAACAAGAUCAUCCACUGCGACCUGAAGCCCGAGAACAUCCUGCUCAAGCAGCAGGGCCGCAGCGGCAUCAAGGUCAUCGACUUCGGCUCCAGCUGCUUCGACCACCAGCGCGUCUACACCUACAUCCAGUCGCGCUUCUACCGCGCGCCCGAGGUCAUCCUGGGCUCGCGCUACGGCAUGCCCAUCGACAUGUGGAGCUUCGGCUGCAUCCUGGCCGAGCUGCUGACCGGCUACCCGCUGUUCCCCGGCGAGGACGAGGGCGACCAGCUGGCCUGCAUGAUGGAGAUCCUGGGCAUGCCGCCGCCCAAGCUCCUGGAGCAGUCCAAGCGCGCCAAGAACUUCAUCAACUCCAAGGGCCACCCGCGUUACUGCUCGGCCAGCACGCUGGCCAGUGGCGCCGUGGUGCUCAACGGGACGCGCUCGCGCCGCGGCAAGAUGCGAGGGCCGCCCGGCAGCAAGGAGUGGGCGGCGGCGCUCAAGGGCUGCGACGACCCGACGUUCAUCGACUUCCUGAAGAAGUGUCUGGACUGGGACCCGGCCACGCGCAUGACGCCCAUGCAGGCCAUGCGCCACCCCUGGCUCUACAAGCGGCUGCCCAAGCCCGUGCCCACAGCCGGCGUGGGCGAGAAGCCGCUGGUGCCCAAGCGGGUGACGGAGCACAGCACGUCCUUCCCCAGCAUCAUGGCCAAGGUGCCCCCGGCCAUCGCGCCCGCCAACAACAAACUGCGGACCAACAUGAUGGGCGACUCGGGCGGGAGCAUACCUCUACGCACUGUGCUUCCCAAACUCGUCUCGUAGAGUUUGGCCCCCCCAAACCCCCUUCAGGGAUGUGGACUUGUAGUGUUGGUUUUUAGACUUUUUUGUUUUUGUUUUUGUUUCUUUUUGUUUUUUUCACGGUUUUGAGUGGUUAACACUCAACGGUUUUAAAGCAAGCAAAAAAAAAAAUGGACAUGAAGAGAAAAAAAAAAAAAGUUUUAUACUACAUUUCAUCAAUGCUGUGUUUGUUUUCAUCCAACUGCCUUUGUAAAGGUUUGUGAGUUUUUAAGGGUUGUUUUUAUACACCUGUCUCUGGAAUUGAAUGCUGUUGAUGUGGGUGAAACCUGUAUUGCUGUUUAUCUGCACCAAGCCUGCAUAAGCAGGCCUUUACACUAGUCUUUCUACUUGAGUCAAGCCACUCUGUACUUUUUUAAAUACCUUCUAUGCGUCUGUCCACCCUCUUCAGGGCUGACCGGCCGUUUUAACUUCUAAGGGCUCAGCAGACUGUUGAAAUUAGUAGCACCCUGUGAGUUUUUGCGUGUGCUUACUAAUAUCUCAGAGGUGAAGUGUUACGUCUAGAACCCUAAAAAAAUGAUUUGGCCACUGUUUGUUUUUUUUGUUUGUUUGUUUGUUUGUUUUAGGCACCCCUAGCCCAAAGUACACAGGUUGUUUUUUGUGAUGUGAAACGUACAUCCUAAGUAGCACAAUGUUAGCAAUGAAGUCAGCCUUACACUUCCUUUUCUUUUGUCCUCCUCCUCCUCCGCUUGCAUGUGCGCCUGGUAUCUCGCGUUACAGUGUGAGUCAGGCCACAGUUAUGGCACGACCUAUUCCUGUCUCCGGCGGUGUGCGUGCGUGCCCCGACGCGGUGGCCAGCGACGGACAGGGCGGGCACAGCUAGUCUUAGCAGCCACGUGUGUGUGUGUGUGUGUGUGUGUGUGUGUGUGUGUGUGUGUGUGAGAGGGUGAUGUUCUGCUUUUUGUUUCUUGUUUUCUUCUUAAUGGGGUUUCCACAAUGCAACUCUUAACUGUCCUCAACAGACCGUGCGUGUGAUCUAUCAAGCUCCAAGAGGGCUCAGCGAGGAGUGCAGGUGGUGGGGGGGAGGGGGGGGUAGGGCUUCCUGCCACCUGUGGGGGUAGUUAGCGGUGGGGGUGGUAAGUGGGGGGGGUAGGAUGGAGAGGUUAUUUCGGGAGUCCCGUGUCCUCCAAUCCAUGUGCCGAGCAAAAGCAAAAGAAGUUGUCAGGUCAGUCUGGUUGCAAUGAACUCUUGGAAAUGUGAGGACAGACGGGCUGACGGGAGACACGCUAGCGCUACUUUGGCGCCCAAACCAUCUGCUGGCCCCUGGCAACCUGUCCAAUUGGCAAUGUGUAACCAUGGUAACGGGGGAGUUCAGCCGGCCCUUGCUCCUGCUACAAAGUGUCCAGCAGAACGGGUCUGAAGCGGUCAAGAGUCAGUUAUUCCUGUCCGUUCCGCUAACCCCCCCCUCGCCAGACAGACUGACACCUCCUCCCCCCACCUCCACCUUGUGGGGUCACCUUGCCAGGGUCAGCGAGGGCAGGUGGGCUCCAAAGCUCCAAAGCUGCCUGCUAGCCUGCUGUCAGGACGCAUUGUGGUAUAGUGGGUAGACUCCCAGUGUCGCCUGCUGGGAUGGUUUUGCGUGUGUGUGUGGCAGUGGCAGUCUCUUGCUGUGACCUAGUUGCCCAUCCCCCACUCUCUCUGUUCCCUGCAGCAGCAGAGUGGAGAGCUUUUUUUUCCCUUUCUCGCUCUCAGCCGGACAGAGAUAGAUAGAGAGGAAAGAUGGCCACCCGCUCUGGGAGAGAGGUCCUCUGGGGCUAGCAGUAGCAGUAGCCGUGCUAACGCUACUCAGCUCUGGAGUAGCCAGCUCUUCAGCACCAAGGGCUCCGCUGCACUUCCAGUCUGUCCAGUCCGGUCAGAUGGCUGUCUCAUAAGUAUGCACUCUUGCUAAGUGUUGCUCUGGUGUUUUUCUUUUCUUUUCUUUUGUCUCUGAGGAAGUGAAGUUGUGGUCUUCUAGCUCAUGUUGACAUGAGAGUGUAGAGAGUAGGUGGUAAGUCAGUCACUGCCUUCCUUUCUCCUUUUUUUUUAUUUUAUAAAUCACGUCUUUGUGGCAGAGAGUUGAGCAUUGAAUGCCGGUAGAAUAGUAGUUUCUAAAAGGCACAAGUGACUAGGGGUAUCACCGUGGAAACCGAGCUAUGCUGUACCCUCUGGUCGACGCCAUGUUGGAUCUGUGGACCAAGGUUAAGUGUGUUGGAUGGGUCAGAGUUCAACAGAGGGUCAUUUUUAGGGAGCGUUUAGCCAUGUGAAGGCUUCGUAGAAAGCGGCGUCACUGUCAUUAGGUCCACAGGCAGUCCUUCUCAGGUGUCCUCCCUCGUGUGUGUGUGUGUGUGUGUGUGUGUGUGUAUAUAUUCCAGAAGUAAUAGGGGUUCCCAGGUACAGUUGAUGAUUAUGGUGCUUCCAACCUCCUGAGCUGGACAUCAGGGAAAAAGAAACAAUGACCAACACAUUUGAACAGUUUGACAAAGCUCCACCCACUCAAAGCCACACCCAUUGUUUUUUUAUCAAAGCUCCACCCACUUCCUCACACUCACCCAGCCACUGACUGUCAGCCGGAUCGGGUCCUCGUCCGGAGGGGUCAGCUUCUCUGAAAUCAUUGGGUCAGUUUUCUGGGUGGACCACAGGAGGUGAGCAUGUUCGAGGGUGAGGGUGAGGGUGGUGGUGGUGGGGGGGGGGGCAGGAGGGCAGGAGGAGCACACCAGAGCUGGCCCGCGUCCGGGCCAGAUCACACUCCUGCUGUCUCUGGGAGUGUGUGGUUCAGGAGACUGAGGGGAACAUCCACUGUGGGCAGCGCACCUCUGCGAUAAUAAAACACAAAACAAGACCUCAGCCUCAGUCAUUCAAGUGAAAGACCUGCUGAAAGCACCUGGUAGACUCACUCUCUCUCUCUCUCUCUCUCUCUCUCUCUCUCUCU